UAGAAAAGAGAAAUUAACAGCUUGUCUGACAGCCCCACGUGGAACUCAGCCAGGGAAUUCAGAUGCAUGGCAUGGGCAGUGGCAAGAUUUAAAGCAAGUCAUUAAGAAAGGUGGAGUAAACUAUAGGGAUCCUCCACUUCCCCCGCAGCAAAGCAGACGCCUUCGCAGGAGGACUGAGAGCUUCCCAGGCACCUCUGGCCGUGCAGGAGCAGGCAUGACGACAGGAAGGAUCUGCUGCCUGGUGCUGCUGACCCUCGGGGUGCUGGCGGCUGUGGUUGUGCUCCUGGUCACCCUGACUCAACCCAAGUGUGGUCCUCAGCAGUACCUGCAUGGAGCUGUGGCUGCUGACACCGAGACCUGCUCUAACAUCGGCCGGGACAUCCUGAAAAGAGGGGGCUCAGCUGUGGAUGCUGCCAUCGCUGGUUUGAUCUGCACAUCAGUGAUGAACCCUCAGAGUUCAGGCCUGGGUGGUGGAGUCGUAUUUACAAUCUAUAAUGCAAGCACAGGAACAGUUGAGGUGAUCAAUGCCCGUGAAACAGCUCCCCAAGGCAUUCCUAGCGAUCUGUUGUCUGGCUGUACUCGUUUACCCAUCGGUCCCCGAUGGAUUGCUGUACCAGGAGAAAUUCGUGGGUAUGAAGUAGCCCAUAAGCGAUACGGCCGCUUGCCAUGGAAAUCCCUGUUUGAACCAACCAUCAAGCUCCUUUCAGACCCACUUGUUGUUUCCCCAGUUAUGGACAAAAUAAUCAAUCACCGAAACUUCUCCCAAGUGGGACGAAACCUGUGCCCAUUGAUUUGCGAUGGUCAGAAGUUUUUGACGACUGGAAAGACCUUCAGGUGGCCAGCACUGCAGCAGACACUGAAAAUCUUGGCCGAAAAUGGAGCUACAGCAUUUUAUGAGGGACAGAUAGGAGAGGCCCUGGUGGAAGACAUUAGGAAAGUUGGGUCUGUUAUCUCAAUGGAGGACCUUAAGGCAUACAAAGCAGAAGUAUCCUCAGCUCUGAACAUUACCCUGAACAAAAACACCACUGUGUUUUCUCCUCCUCCACCCUUGGGAGGUGCUGUGCUCCUGUUCAUCCUCAAGAUAUUGGAAGAGUAUAAAUUCCAUGAGGCAUCAUUGUCGACACCAAAGGAAAAGGGAGAAACCUACCAUCUUAUUGCAGAGGCCUUGAAGUUUGGCAAUAUGCUAAAACCUGAGAUGAAAGACCCAGCCUUCUCUGAAGCUAAGGCAACUGUGGCAAUCAUGCUGUCCAACGGGACUGCUGAGCGUGUCAGAAGCCAAAUAGAUGCCCGUGGGGACCAUCCACUUGAGCAUUAUAACUUCUGGAAGCUCGUCCACAGCCACUACGAAAGUAGAGGCACAAGCCACAUCUCUGUGCUCGCUGCAGAUGGCAGUGCUGUGUCUGCCACCAGCACCAUCAACUAUCCGUUUGGCUCCUUCAUUUAUUCCAACCAGACUGGGAUCAUUUUGAAUAAUGAACUUGCUGAUUUCUGCACGGCAAAUGCAAAUAUUAAUGCAGGAGAGAGGCCUCCCUCAGCAAUGGUGCCUUCUAUCCUCAUCUCCAAGUCAGGAGACAUGCUGGUGAUUGGAGGGGCAGGUGGGGGCUGGAUUAUCAGUGCUACUGCUAUGGCCAUUGUAAACAAGCUGUGGUUUGGUUAUGAUUUGGAACGUGCCAUUUCAUCUCCCAUCAUGCAUACCAACAAAGACAGCAUCCUGUUUGAGAAACACUUCAGUGAGGAUGUUAGAAACAGCCUGCUGAAAAGAGGACACAAAGAACAGAAAGUUGAAUUCACAAUGAAUGUCGUGCAGGGAGUUUCCAAGGAAGGAAAAUGCAUCUCUGCUUACUCUGAUAAAAGGAAGCUGGGGAAAUCAGCUGGAUAUUAGCAUGAAAUGCCAUCUCAACAUCUCUAUUCUAGUCCAAACCACAGGAGAUAACUAAAUUCAGAUUCAUGCAUCUUCCACUGCUGCUCCAGAGCCUGGGUUAAGAACAGAAUUGAUUUCUUUCAGGCUGUUGCCAUGAUAAGCUUCUUCUCAAUGUGAAGUAACUGAGUAACUAUAGGAAAUGGCGGUAGGAUGAGGAUUACAAUGUAUACAAUUACAUUUGGGCUUCCAGGAUGGGUUUAGAAAGAGAAGAAAGCAAAACUCGGUGUUCUACCUCUUGGUUUUCCCAUCCAGAUGAGCCUUACUUUUCCCAAAGAAUAGCAGAUGGAAUCAGUGCACCAUUGCACCAGCUUACUGCCAAGCAUGUUCUCUACUUUAGAGACAUAAUGGAAACCAGGAGCUGAAGCCUUAUUUUACUCUGCCUACUGGUCACCUAAAGUCUAAACCUCCUAUGGGGCAAUGUGAAGUUGCUGCUUCGCUCCUUGAUGACACCUCUCCCUGCAGUAGGAGAGUCCUCAUUUAUGCCUGUUCUUCCUCAUUGCCUGCAGAAGAGAAGUAGUUUGGGAAGACAGAUAAAGACAGCGCUUGAAGAAAAACUGUAUUGCUUUUGAAGCUUUAUAAAACUUUCUUCAAAAUGCAAAGGAUAUAUAAUCAGAAGACUUAUUCUGUAGGCAUGAGCUUCUUCUGGACAGGCAAACACCAAGACUGCUGAAAAGUGCUGAUGCAGUUGCAAAACACUUUUCUUUCUUAGCCUAAGUACAUGCUCUAAUUCUCUGUUCAUCACAAAUAGUCUCAAAUGUUCCCUGAAGAUGACAAGAAUGAAACUGCAUGACUAGUUGGGAGCUUCUGGAGGAGAGACCUGAACCCAUUUAUCUGGACAGAAGAGGUCCUUUGCCAUUACUCUGUAACGUUGCCCUCCUUAGGAUGGCCAAAGGAAUCGAAUGUUAAAACGAGUAUAAACAUCCCACAACACAUUUCUCAAAAAAGCAAUAACUUCUGUUUUCUGAAAGCUUGUGAAUGUUACUUUCCUAUGGAUGCAGACAGUAUUAUAUGAGCGUUUCUGACAGCAAAGUUAAACUAGGUAGACACUAGCAGAGCCCUCCUUACCCCCCAUAAUUGUCACCUCCCAUGCAACCCUUGGUAUUUCAACUGCACAAACAAAAAACCUUGCUCUGUGGCCACCAAUAGCAAGUAUUUGAGCACAGGCAAUUAAAGCAAACUCAGACCAUCCAUCCACCUGCACUGUUGUAAACAAAGAGAAGUGAGUAAUGAGUCUACAUUCUUAACAACAAAAUUUUGUCAUUAAGUCAUUGACUUGUUGAAAUCUUGUUGGCCUUCAGAUGAAUUUCAAUGAUUUUCUAAGUAAAGCUCUCUAGAUCCAGACAGAGUAGCCAGACUACUCAGGAUCCUGGCUUUAACAAGAUCUGCAGUUAUUUCUAGCUUGACCAACUGCUUACAGCUUACAGAAAAGCAACCAAAAUGGCACUGGCUGAAGGCAGGGGGAGCAGCUCUUGCUUUGCUAUUAAGCCAUGCCCCAUCACGUCUCACUUCCAGAAAAACAAAGCCAUAAAGCAACUGAUUCUCCUAAUUCCCUUCAUUUCUGAUGUACCAAAGGGUAAAGCACACCUCAGUUAUCCAGCCAAUGCAGCGUAUCACCUUUCCAACAUACUGCCAUCACUGCAACGUCUCACAAGGAAGCUACGGGAAUAUGAUCUUCUGACCAGCACUUGCUGCAAUUUAACUGCUUUGCUAUUAACAUUGAAACCAAUUGAGCAGUUUCAGAACCUGUCACAGAUUUCAUUUGCAAGGCAGAAAGGAAUGCAUGCAGAUUGCCCACUGUGGCAGCCCUCACUGACAAACAAAACAUCUUGUGAAGCUGAGAUCUGUACAUCCUCCUCACCCUGCCACCUCCUCAGUGCUCCAGAAACUCAGAGUCUCCCAGGUUCAUCCCUCCCCAUUCAUGCUGAUGCCAACAGAAGAGCAUUAUUUUUAUAACUAGUCAAGUCACACGGACUUUUAAAGCACUGCUGUACAUAGGCUGCUCUGUUUUCUAACAAGGUCUUUAAAUUAUAUUUUUAAUAAAGUGUUUUAAACCUUAAA